AACUGUUAUGCAGAAUGUCUGAAGUGUUAGGUUACCUGUCAAACAAGAUAUAAACAUAUAAAAUUCUUUACUUUUUUUUUGUCUCUCAUUUCAUUUUGCAACUAAAUAAUUGUAAAUUUUUAUCAAAUAUAUUUUUAUUUCUAUAAAUAUGAGUAGUAAAAAUCAAUUACCGGAUCUUGACAAAAUAUUUCGUGAAGAAGACGAUGAUGGAUUUUUACCAUCCGGAGGUUCCAGAUUAGCUUCAAUAUUUGGUAUGAAUACAAAUAAACCACCAAACAAUAUAAAUACUCCUCCUCAAAUUUUACCAACAACAAAACAAAUUACAAAUGUUGCAUCAACUCAAGAAUCAAAAACCGAAGUUGUUAUUGCAAAAGCUGUAAACGCUUAUAAAUUACAAAAUGGACAAUAUACAUCAAUAGGAAAAUUGGGCCUCGCUUUAGUGGGAAAUGUUUCAACAAAAUCUUAUCAAUUAAUUCUCUAUCGAAGUAAACAAGAACAUAUAUCAAUAGUUUCAAUAACUCACGAUUUUUCCUAUAUUGUUCAAGCAAAUAAUUAUUCAACAUAUUAUGAUAAUCGACAAGAAAAUUGGUCAAUACAUUUUGAAACUAGCAAUGAAUGUAUUUCAUUUGCAAGAGAAAUUUGCUUAUCACGAUAUCUUUCACGUCGAGGAGAAAAAAUAAAUAAUAAUUCAUUAAUUUAUCAAGAUUUAAAUGCGCCUAUUGAAAAAACAAUUACAGCAAAAGAGGGUGAUCAAAUUUCCGUAAAAUAUAUUAUUACCACAGAAAUAAUUCAACCAUUGAAAAAUAAUUCAACUGCGGAAUUAUCAAUGACAGUGGAAAUUUCUACCGAUGAUAAUUGGGAAAGAAUAUUAUUGGGAACAAUGAAAAAUUUAAGACGAUUAUUAAUUUUACCGCCUAGUAAACAGAUUAGUCUAGGUCCUGGUUUUCCUAAGGAAAGAGAUAUUGUUCUUGAAAUUGAAAUAAUAAAUAUACAGAGGGAAGAGGAAAUGAAAAUUCCCGAUACAAAAUCACCAAUUUCAUCAAGUAAAGCUGCAAUUAUAUCAAGAAUGGCAAAAAUGGGACAAUCAAUUCUUCCAAAAACGUCAAUUUCAACGACUACCGAUUCCGAUGACACUGAGGAUGAAAUAAAAAAAGAUCGAACAGUACGACACAAAAAGGGAGAAUUGCCAGAGUCGAGUCCAUCUAAAAAACAAUUUCAAUCUUCUCAAGAAUUUCCAGAAACAAGUGGUAAUUUUCAUAAAGUUACAAGAACAAAACCACCAUCGGCUUCUAAUACACAACAAUCAUUAAUUCCCGUUGUUUAUACUCCACAAUGGUCUCCAACUCAAAUUCAGCCACAAUAUAUGACAGUUGAUGGUCAAACAUUUCCCAUGGCUCAACAAUUUGUUACACAAACAAUACCCGCAACUUUGGAUCCAAAUUUAAAUCUAUUUUUGACUGAGACAAGAACACAAAAUGCCGAAAUUCGAAUGGGAAUGUCAAAAAUAUCCGACAAUAUUCAACGAUUGUUAGAUAAAUUUCAUGUCUUGGAACUUCAAAAUGCUUCGUCGCCAAACAACGAUAGAACAAUGGAAAAUACAUUAAAAAUGAUUCUUUCAAUGAAUCAGAUGGAAGUGAAAAAUAUUUCAAAUUUAUCAACUAAACAAAGUUGUAAUGUUGAAGAAAAAAAUGAUAGUUUAAUAACUCAACUGCAAGAAACGAUUUUAGCCAAAGAAGAAGAAUUAACGACAAUAAAAGAAUUAAUAAAUAAUGCUAAUCAUGAAGUAAUGAAAUUGAAAGAAGAGAAAAGAAAUGUAGAUGAAGUGAAUCAUGAAUUAAGAGAGAAGAUAACAAAUUUAGAAACGAAACUCGAAAAAAAAGAACUUGAAUACGAAAAUUUACAUUCAAUUCAUGAAACAAUUAAAGAAAAUUUUAAUGAUUAUCAAAAGAAAAAUUCUACUCUUGAGAGGGAAAUUUUACAACUUCAAUCUAAUUGUAAAUCAUUAGAAAUUGCUGCAAGCACAAAGCAAACAAACUCCUCUUCUAAAAGUGAUAAAAAUAAAGAAGUUAAAUUAAUAAUGAAUAAUACGUAUCAUACAUUAUUAUCGAAAUUUACCGAAGACAAUUAUUCAACUAACUUUAUUAAGGAAACAAUUGCUUCUACGUUAAGGGAUAUUACUUUAAAAGUACUAAAUGAUAAAAUUGAAGAAGAAUCGAGUAGUAAAAGGGAAAUUAAUAAAAAAGAAAACGAAACAGAAAGAUUAUCUUUGAGGGAAGAUAAUAAUGAACAAGUGAAGGAUAAUCAAUCUAAUUUAAAAUUAAAUUCCGAAACGAGUUUCAAUGAUUUCAUUCAGAUUGCUCCAGAAUUUGAUAAUAUACCACCACCGAUUCCACCAAUAGAUUCAAAUAAUGAAACUGAAUGGAGUGACAAUUAAUAUUAAUAAAUUAAAAAAAAUUAUAUGUAUAUUAAGUGAGAAGAAAAGUUUAUAAAAAAAAACUUUACAUGUGA